AUGCCUGUAGCGGCAGCUACAUCGAUCAUAACGAGAAGCGCUGUCAGUCCGUUUCCUACGACCGAGGUUGAGCAGCCCUACUAUGGCGACACUCUCCGGCUCGAUCCGCUACCAGAAGCUACCGCUGUUAUUACUGAGGCGGCCACUACAGUUACAUCAGCUACGCCUGUCAUCUACUAUAGCGUGUACGAGGUGGUUGAGAAGAAGCCCGUCGUCGCGGACGGUAGCGUCUCCUGCUUGGCAUCCACCGCGACAUACGAUCUCCCCACUCCGUAUAUGCAUGAGUACUUCCAAAAGGGCAUAGAUAGUCUGUCAGUGGUGACGGGGGACAUUCCUGCGGAGUUCCUUACUGGCUUACCCGAGUCGUCGUGCACUCUUGGAAGCUUCGAAGCCUCGCCAACCGUUCUGAUCGUCGUCGAUAUCAUCUAUUAUUGGGCGUUCACAGCCCGCAUCGGUCAUGUGGAGUCUACCGCCACUGAAGACCCUGAAGCGCCGUGUCCAACAUGCGGCUUAAGAGUACAUACUGAGAGGCCAGCGCCCGGUCCCCCCGAUGUUCCCGGCUUUGUCACGGCUGAGAACGUGCCCGGAACAACGAUAGUUGAAACAAAUCCAGGUGUGCCAACAGACAGCGCGACUAGUAACGCAGGGGCCCCUCGAGCGGGAGUCCAACCAACAGCAUCCAAUCCGCAGGAAGUUGAUCCCACAGCUCCGAAGCCUGGAGGCGUCGAAACCCCUGUCAGUCAGGAUCAGCCAGGUGAAUUUACGCCGAUUGGCGGUGAUACAAACCCUACACCAGCAGACAAUUCGAGGCCUACAGCGACAUCCGGGCGCCCUAAUGUGACGUUCAAUAUUGGCCGCAUAGAGCAAACCGUUACAAUUGACCCGGCGACGACCAACGCUCCUCCAGUAUUGACGGCAACGAUAGGCGGGCAGACGACCAUACUUACUCCCCAGGGGCCAGCACCAUCGGGAGGAAACGCCCCGUCCGCUGGGGACAGCGUGCUUACGUUCGUUGUGGGACCCACUCGAGUUAUUGUCAACCCAGCCACCACGACGCAGGUCACAGCUCUCACCGUAAACGUUGGCGGAAGCGUGACUGUGGUGGCUCCUCUACCUACUGCUACACCCUCCGCGGCCGCAGUUGCCGGUAACCUUGGAAGCCUCCUUGCGCCAUCCGUGGAGACCAGACCUGCAGCCGCUGCAGCCGGAAAUCUUGGUAGUGUGAUAGCGGAGAUCACCCGCGCCGGCGCUGCCUCACAGCAAGCUGGUCCCUCAGCCGUGGGUCAGGUACAGGGCAAUCAGGCGGCAGCGCCAUCGCGCAACAUCGUCGUAGGCUCAAACACCUUCGUCUUACCGAGUGCGCCCUCGGCCCCCAUCGUAAUCGGUGGACAAACUCUAGCUCCGGGUGGGCCGGCAGUCGUUGUCGACAACAUUCCUGUAUCGCUUGCGCCCUCUGCCACUGCAAUUGUUGUGGGCGGUCGUACCUCGCCCCUGCCGCAAGUCGCGUCACCUGUUGCAGCACCACCGUCUGUGGCCGCACCACCGCCUGUCAUCCCGAUUGGCGGGAACACUUUCACGCCCAAUGCUGCGACACAGUACUACCUCACACCUGGUGCAACUCUGACACCAGGUGGCGUGGCUACGCUGAGUGGCACGGUCAUCAGCUUGGGCCCUUCGGCUUCCUAUGUGGUGAUUGAUGGCAGUACCCAACCACUUGCCAGGCCAGUACCCGCGCCUACCGCAGCCCCAGCUCGAGCGCCAGCUCCGAUACCAGCGCCCACAUUGACCUUUGGUGGAUCAACCUUUUCUGCCGUACCGGGAUCAUUCAUAGAAGUCGGAGGCCAGCCGUUGGCGCCCGGUAGCGCGGUCACCGUCAAUGGCAAUACUAUCUCGCUCGACAGCUCCGGUUCCAAUGUCGUGGUUAACGGGGUCACUCAACCGCUUGCCGCUCAAGCUACUACGCCAUCUAUCCUGACUUUUGCUGGAGGUUCUUUUACCCCCAGCGUUGGUACCUCGUAUAUCAUCAGUGGACAGACCCUUCGGCCAGGAGCUGCUGUAACUGUUGGCGGCACGAUGAUCAGUCUGGCGCCUUCCGCUACCGCAGUGGUCAUCAAUGGCGUUGCGCAGCCGCUUGCUCCACAAGCUACUGCUCCUCCAAUCCUGACGGUUGCUGGGAAUACAUUCGCCCCAAGCGUCGACAGCUCGUUCGUUAUCGCUGGCCAGACGCUUCGGCCGGGAGUCGCCAUUACAGUUGAUGGCACAACAAUCAGCUUGGCUCUAUCGGCAUCUGCAGUAGUGAUAAACGGAGCAAUUCAGACGCUCAGGGCCGGGGUUGUAACCCCAGCAGCUGCUGUGACGAUCGCUGGAAGCACUUACACUGCUAGCGCUGGCGCCCCGCUAGUUGUUGACGGGCAGACACUGACGCCUGGUGGUGUUAUCGUAGUCAGCGGAACCACUGUGAGCCUGAGUCCGUCGGCAUCAGAGGUCAUCGUCAAUGGCGUAACGCAAGUCUUGAGGCCUUCGCCUGUGGUGACCCCUCCGCCCGUUCUUACUGUCGGAGGCCAGACUUACAGCCUAGGUUCAAGCUCUGGGCAACUGUUUGUCAUCAAUGGACAAACACUCGCACCCGGAGGUGUGAUCACUGUCAGUGGCAGUACAAUUAGUCUAGGUCCAUCCGCUGCUUUUGUUGUUAUCAACGACGCUACGCAAGUCCUCGUGGAGUCGGCGGUCAUCACGGCGGCCCCUGUCCUCACGGUUGCCGGGCAGACGUACACCGCAUCUGGUGGAAGCUUUGUCGUUGCCGGGCAAACGCUUCGGCCCGGCAGUGUGCUUACCGUAGAUGGGACUACAAUAUCUCUCGGCCCCUCAGCUUCCAUAGCAGUAGUCAAUGGCGCGACCCAGACGCUUGCGCUUGCUCCUGUCAUCACCUAUCCGCCGAUUCUGACGGUUGACGGACAAGUCUUUACGGCAACAAGCGGCACCUUUGUUGUCGACGGCCAGACUCUGACUCCAGGUGGAGUAAUUGUCGCUGACGGAACGACGAUUUCACUGGGACCAUCCGCUUCUAUAGCUGUGGUCAACGGGGUCACCGAAACUCUUGUCUUCUCUCCUACAAUCACACCUGCCCCUGUUCUCUCAGUUGACGGCCAAGCUUUCACCGCAACAAGCGGUACCUUCGUAAUUGACGGGCAGACUCUCACUCCAGGCGGAGUCUUCACGGUUGACGGCACCGUCAUUUCACUCGGUCCCUCCGCCACCGUAGCCGUCGUCAAUGGUGUAACGACAAUCCUUGCUUACGCUCCUAUGAUUACCUCUCCUCCUACUCUAACUAUCGCUGGCGAAGUUUAUACCGCCACAAGCGGUAGCUUCGUCAUUGAUGGUCAAACUUUAACCCCGGGGGGAGUUCUCACAGUCGACGGGACCGUAGUGUCACUUGGUCCCUCAGCCACCAUCGCGGUUAUAAACGGUAUCACCUCCACCCUCGCCUACCCAGCUACCAUCACCUCACCCCCCACCCUCACUAUCGCCGGCCAAGUCUACACCGCCACUUCCGGCACCUUCGUCAUCGGCACCCAAACUUUAACCCCCGGCGCAAUCCUCACCAUAUCCGGCACGACUGUCUCUCUGGGCCCCUCGGCCUCCUUCGCCAUCGUCAACGGCGUAAUCUCCACCCUCGUCUCUCCACCCACCAUCACCGCGCCGCCCUUCCUCACAAUCGGCAACACCGUCUACACCGCCACCGUCAACGGCGCCGGCACUACCUACGUCAUCGCCGGCCAGACCCUCACACCCGGCGGCGCCAUCACGGUAGACGGGACGCGCAUCUCGCUCGCCGCCUCCGCGACCGCGCUCGUCGUCAACGGGCGCACGACAUCGCUUUCCCCAGCCACAGCGGUCAUAACGCUCCCGCCGCUCCUGACCAUAGGCCCGAGCACCUACACGGCCCUACCCGGCGGCGGAACCACGUUCGUGAUUGCGGGCCAGACCCUCACGCCUGGAGGCGUUAUUGUGGUGGAUGGCACGACGAUCAGUCUGAGUCCGAGCGCGACGGCGCUGGUGGUUAAUGGAAGGACUACGGCGCUGUUUCCGGCGACGAGUACGAGGGCGAAUACAGCGAUGACGACGAGUACGAGUGCGAGGCCGGGGGAGAGCGUUGGGAGCGCGAGUGCGAGUGCUACGAAAACGGGUGCGGCGGCGGGGAGGGCUGGGAAGGGAGCGGUAUGGACCAGUAUCCUCGCGGGUGUCAUGGCGACGGUGGUCUUAGCAGUGGUGGGGUGGCUGUGA